AUGUCGAUGCGUGGCAGAGCACCCCUCCCUCACACCCCUCCCUCACAUCCCUCCCUCACACCCCUCCCUCACACCCCUCCCUCACACCCCUCCCUCACACCCCUCCCUCACACCCCUCCCUCACACCCCUCCCUCACAUCCCUCCCUCACAUCCCUCCCUCACAUCCCUCCCUCACACCCCUCCCUCACACCCCUCCCUCACAUCCCUCCCUCACAUCCCUCCCUCACACCCCUCCCUCACACCCCUCCCUCACACCCCUCCCUCACACCCCUCCCUCACACCCCUCCCUCACAUCCCUCCCUCACACCCCUCCCUCACACCCCUCCCUCACAUCCCUCCCUCACAUCCCUCCCUCACAUCCCUCCCUCACAUCCCUCCCUCACACCCCUCCCUCACACCCCUCCCUCACAUCCCUCCCUCACAUCCCUCCCUCACACCCCUCCCUCCACACCCCUCCCUCACACCCCUGUGUACAACACAUUUAG